GUGACUAAGACUUCUCCUCUGCUGUCCAAGCGCUUCGGUGCAGGGACAGCGGCCGUCCUCAGCCAAUCCAGUGCAGGCUCUCCGCCGAAGGCUGGCUCUAGAUGGUGGUACGCGCACGGUAGUCUAGUGCUGGCCGACUGCUGCUGUGGUUCUCUGACGGUUGUGCUUCUUGUUAAUCCUCUGUCGUGCUUUGACUCCUUGUUGAAAUGGGACAAUCUGGAAACAGUUCUUUGAUAAACCUGAGAAGAGGACUUCCCUUUGGGCAUUGAGCCUUCCUCUGCAUGAUGUUCCCAUGCACCCAGGGGUGUUUCCCCUUUUCCAAGUGGCCUCCCUCAUGGACGAAGAAGGGCCAAGGUUGUGAGCACCUCUUCAAGGAGAAUGAACGCAGGAGGACAACUUGUCUCAGAAAAGCCCUUGCAGGCUCCAUGCUCAACCAGUUCCUUUGAGUUUGCAUGCUUCUCUGCACUAUGGAUUUUGAGCAUUUAGAUUUCUUUCCUCAAAUACAUUUUAACACUACAGUAGACAUUUUCUUUCUGAGACAUUGUGCUUUGCAUGAGAGCAGGCCAAUAGAUGAGAGGGAAAAGUAAAGUUAAAGUCGGUUCUCUUUCAUAGCAACAUGUAUUGUCUGACAUUCAGCCAGCUUUUUAAAAUUUUUUUCAAUAAUUUCCCUGUCUUCCUAUCCUGUAUUCAGAAGCAGCAGCUAGAAUGUUUCUCCAUGAAUUCUUGAGAUUCACAGGACUGUCUAGCCCUAAGUCUUAGCAGUAGACUACUUAAAGGAGUAGUGACUUCAUCUAGAUGAUGCAGACGGGGAUCUUGAAUUGCCCAGGGCGUGUAAUUCCUCCUGCUUUUGAUUUGCAGGAAUUACAUGAAUGACAGCCUUCGCACAGAUGUUUUCGUGAGGUUCCAGCCUGAGAGCAUCGCCUGUGCCUGCAUUUAUCUUGCUGCCCGGACGCUGGAGAUCCCUUUGCCUAAUCGUCCCCAUUGGUUCCUUUUGUUUGGAGCAACUGAAGAAGAAAUUCAAGAAAUCUGCUUAAAAAUCCUGCAGCUUUAUACUCGGAAAAAGGUUGAUCUGACACACCUGGAAAGUGAGGUGGAAAAGAGAAAGCAUGCCAUCGAAGAGGCAAAGGCACAAGCCAAGGGCCUGCUGCCGGGCGGCACCCAGGUCCUGGACAGCACCUCAGGGUUCUCGCCUGCCCCUAAGCUGGUGGAGUCCCCCAAAGAAGGAAAAGGAAACAAGCCUUCCCCACUCCCUGUGAAGAACGCCAAGAGGAAAACGGAGGGUGUGAAGAAGGCCAAGGCUGACAGCCCAGUGAAUGGCUUGCCUAAGGGGCGAGGGAGUCGAAGUCGGAGUGGGAGUCGAGAGCAGAGCUACUCAAGGUCACCAUCGCGAUCUGCUUCUCCUAAGAGGAGGAAAAGCGAUAGCGGCUCAACGUCUGGCGGGUCCAAAUCACAGAGCCGCUCAAGGAGUCGGAGUGACUCCCCCCCAAGACAGGCACACCGAAGCGCUCCCUACAAAGGUUCCAAGGUGAGGAGCUACCGGAAGUCUAAGGACUGCAAGUACCCCACCCAGAAGCCACACAAGUCUCGAAGCCGGAGCUCCUCCCGCUCUCGAAGCCGCUCACGGGAGCGGGCAGAUAAUUCUGGAAAAUACAAGAAAAAAAGUCAUUACUAUAGAGAUCAGCGACGAGAGCGUUCGAGGUCUUAUGAGCGAACGGGCCAUCGAUACGAGCGGGACCACCCUGGGCACAGCAGGCAUCGGAGGUGAGGCUCGGCGUCCCGGGGGGCUGCCCUUCGACCUUCAGUGUGCACACCUCAGCAUCACUGGCCCUGUGGCACAACUCUUUUUGGAAAUGGUUUAUUGACUCUGGACCUUGUGAGGAAUUUGGAGAUGGAAUCGAGAGGCCAGAGAGGUGCCCUUUAGGCCAGCCUGGGCGUGGCGCACACCCGGCAGCGCAGGGCCCACCUCAGCAGCAGCCCUGCAGCAGCUGGAUGCGGUAGCAGAUGAGCACGUCCAGGUGGUGUGGCUUGGUGCUAAGGACAGGCUGUCUCUUCACUCCUGUAUCGAUAGUCAAUUACGUCAAACCAAGAAAGUGACUUUUAAAACCUUUGCCUAUAUUAGGUUGUACUUCUGUACAUAUCUUGCAGUGUUUCACAAUGAGAAAAUGGCCUUAAUAGCCCCUUACUCUCUAGCCACGUUGUAAAUAAACAUGUGUUGAAUACAAGUUAAAGCUAUAUAUGAAAACUCAACUUGAAUUCUGUCAACUUAAAACUUGUGUAGAGAAUUCCGAUUUUUAAAAUGUGAAGGUAUUUAGAUCUGUGUUGAAAGUCGUAUAUUUUUAUCUGUGCGAUGCUGAGUGCAGGCCACCAGCUUCUAAAUAGAGGUUUCCUAUAUAUGCAUUUUAUGUGGUUAAAUAAAUACAGUUCUCUCUACUCAGGACAUUUGGAACGUUGAGGAAUUUGUAGUUUGUCAUUCUGCUUGCUUGUCACCAUGCACGGCCUGCGGUACCCGUUCUAGUGGUAUGUCUGCGCCACUGUCUCUGAUCUCAUUAAAGUGUCGGAUUUUGUAUUGA